AUGAAUGGGAGUAGUUCCGAGACAAAUUUGCUUACCCUCGACCAACAAUCAACAUCUUCUGGCUUGCACAACACUACGAACGGAGGACAAAACACCACCGAAGAAAAUGAUUUAAAUUCUGUAAUGACUGGAAAUGAAGAUAACAUGGAUGUUGGCGGAGACGAUGAAAAUGAAACCGGAGGGGAUACUAGUAGUGACGAGGAGGAAGAAGAGGAAUCUCAAUUUCAUGAUUAUCCGAUCAUUUCUCAAUUGCAAGGAGAGGAACAAAAUAUAUUAAAAUUAUUGGAUUAUGGAAUGUCAUUCAUUGAAACGCUCACAAAAUCCACAAAAGAAAACAUUAAUAUGGAAAGAUCCAAAGAGGAACUGAAAAAAACAAUUACAGGUUAUUAUGACACUCUCUUUGAUUUAAAGCAAAGUCUUGCUAGGCACAUACAUUUAGCUUCGCUAUACUCUUCAUUAAAUUACGAGGGAUCAACAUAUUCUGAGCGAAAGAAAAUAGAGAUUGAAAUUAGGAAAGCUAAAAUUUUGAGAAAUGCAUCGACAGAUCAAACAAAAACACAUUCAGAUUUGUUUAAUGAUGACAUGUCGCUUAGUACUUUUCAAAAUCUGGACAAUGUUUCUCAGUCCAAUCUUUCAAUUCACAAGCAAGACAAUUAA